UGUUGUUAUUUUCUUGCUAUAGCUCACUGUACAGAAAGGGGUUGGUUUGGACAAGGUUGUAAGUAUCGGUGCCACUGUGAAAAUAACAAAUGUGAUAUCACAAGCGGCCAGUGUUUAAACAACGCCAAGUGUGCAAGAGGAUGGUUUGGUUCGACUUGCCAGUACCGUGAGUAGCAAUUUGAUUCUAGUCACGUGUCAGUCUGAAGAAGAUCGAAAUUAAAUAACAUAAAUAUAUAAUUUAGACAUUGUUUUAAUAAGGUUUUUAUAUAUUUAUAUCUAGUGUCAAAUGAGAGAGGGAAAAAAUAAAUGGAAGAAAUAAGUAUAACAUUUAAAGAAGAGAUAAAUUUGAUAUAAGAACGAACACUAGAGAGAGAGUGAUACAGAGUAACAGUGAGAAAAAGAAAGGGAGACAACCAAACUAAAAGAGUACGUUACAUGAUGGGUCCCCCUUUGGGUCGAUCCAGUGACGUAGGAAGAUUAUUUAUUUAUAACUUUACUUAAUUUUAAUAAAUGACCACAGUAUUUUUUUUUUAAAAAUAUCAUAAAACUUGAAUAGAGAUUGUGUCUGAGUAGCUACAUAUUUGUGUGGUUUAAAAGUGCUUUCCAAUAAAACACAUCAAUUUACCUACAGUAAAUUAUAUCUAAAUUAUGCUAGAAUAUGUUUACUUCAAAAAUUAUUAGAAGUUUACGGACACAAUUAAGAUACAAAUAAUUAUAAACCUGUACACGUAUAAUUAUUAGUUUAAAAUUGAAAUAAUUAACUCACGAUUUAAAAAAAAUAUAUAUUUUAAAUAUUGCUUUGCCCUUAGUUUUAUAAUCUCGCUGCAUGUGUACCUUUUUAUUUCAGAAGACUUGGCGACUAUUUUAAGUGCAACUGUGACAACUAAUCCGUGGCAAAAAGCAGAUUGGUUGACCGACAGUAAUGAUUAUCAUUGCAACAGCGAUUCAAAACUUAAAUCUAUUGGAGUUGCUUGGAACAGUCCUCAGAGUUUCUCUUGGCUAAAAAUU